AUGACCAGAGACUGCGGACACAGUACAGGAGAUGACCAGAGACUGCAGACCUUUGUGGAGCGGGGGAGGGGCAGGUACCUGAAUUUGGUACCCGCUCCCACUUCUGUGGAGUUGUCCUCCCCCCCUCCCUGUAGUCUUGUGGGACACGUGACAGGUCCCACAAGACUGCGUGAACAUUCACAAAGCUCAGCACUUCUCGAUCAUGUGCAGUGGGCACCCGGCUGUGAAGCCGCAAGCUGUCACAGCCUGGUGCCCACAAUGAAGAUGCUGAUGCCAGGGAGAGAAGAUGGCCGAUGGAAGCAGGACACCACUGGGCCAAGGAACAGGUAG